UGUAAAUAUGUAUGUAUGCGUGUGUGCGCAUGUAAAUGGAUCACAAAAUGCUGGAAAGAUAAGUUUGCGAGAGCGUCUCGAACGUAACCGGUUACCCCAACGAAUUAGGAAUUAUUUAUACCAUUUUCCCGUUCCCAAUUUCAAUUGGAAACGACCUUAAAACGAGUGCAAAAGUGCUGCAAGCGAGGUGCAGGAGGAGGAGGAGGAGGAGUUGUGGGGAAAAUGGCGCAACCGCCGCCAGAUCAAAAUUUUUAUCAUCACCCGCUGCCGCACACACACACACACCCGUCGCACCACCCCCACCCGCAUCCCCACCAUCCACAUCAACAUCCGCAGCUUCAAUUGCCGCCACAAUUUCGGAAUCCCUUCGAUUUGCUUUUCGAUGAGCGAACGGGUGCCAUUAACUACAAUUACAUACGUCCCUAUCUGCCCAACCAAAUGCCCAAGCCAGAGGAGUUGCCUGAUUCCCUGGUGAUGCGACGCCCACGACGCACUCGCACUACGUUCACCAGCAGCCAGAUAGCCGAGUUGGAGCAGCAUUUCCUGCAGGGACGCUACCUCACGGCCCCGCGACUGGCCGAUCUGUCGGCCAAGCUGGCAUUGGGCACGGCCCAGGUGAAGAUCUGGUUCAAGAAUCGUCGUCGUCGCCACAAAAUACAAUCGGAUCAGCACAAGGAUCAGUCGUACGAUGGCAUGCCGCUGUCGCCGGGCCUCAAGCCAAGCGAGGGAGAUCCGCCGAGUCUGCAGAAUCUCACAUUGGGUGGAGGGGCCACACCGAAUGCCUUGACGCCCUCGCCCACACCUUCGGCAACGACCGCGCACCUGGUGGAGCACUAUGGUGAGACAUUCAAUGCCUACUACAACUACAAUCAUGGCCAUGGCCAGGCGCAGGGCCAGCGCCAUGUGGGCCACGUCCACGGGCAGUAUUCGGCGCCACCAGGAGGCCAGAAUGGAGCACAGUUCUUUCAGGCACAACAGCAGCAGCUCCAUCAGCAGCAACAGCAGCAGCAGCAGCCACCACACCAUCACCAGAAUCAGCAGCAGCAACAGCAGCAGCACCUGCACCAUCAACUGCCGCACACAAACCACGUGCCACAUCAAAUGCAGGCGCAGCAACAUCAGCAGCAACAGGAGCAGCAGCUGUAUCAUCACUUUGAUUUCCAGCAGAAAACGGCCAGCGCCUGUCGAAUGGUCAAGGACGAACCGGAGGCCGACUACAACUUUAACAGCUCGUAUUAUAUGCGCUCGGCUCUGUCUGGGGUUGGUGUCGCCGCCGCUGCUGCUGCUGCUGUUGCUGCAGCCACACCCGGAACAGCAUCGUCGGUCCUUGCGGCGGAGGUGGCGGCGGCAGCGGCGGCGGGUCAGGUGACGUCUGCACUGUCGCCCGGCUCCGAGGUCUAUGAGCCAUUAACACCCAAAAAUGACGAGAGUCCCAGUCUAUGUGGCAUUGGCGGCCCCUGCGCCACGGCUGUCGGCGACACGGACAUUGCCGACGACAUGGACGAUGGAACGACCCACAAGAAGACGACGACGACGCUACAGAACCUGGAGCCGCUGAAGAGCCAUACGGUUGUUGGUCUAGACAAAAGCUGUGACGAUGGCAGCAGCGAUGAUAUGAGCACUGGCAUGCGGGUGCUGUCGGGUCGCGGAGCCUUUGCCAAAUUUGGCAAGCCAUCGGCCGCCCAGGCCCAGCCACAACCACCGCCCCCGCCAUUGGGGAUGAUGCAUGACACGAACCAAUAUCAAUGUACGAUGGAUACGAUAAUGCAAGCGUAUAAUCCGCAUCGUAAUGCCGGAGGCAACACACAAUUUGCCUACUGCUUCAACUAGUAGCAGCCUAGCCGGGGGAGGUUUAGACUAGAACUUAGGCCUAAGCGAUAAACAAUAUCUUUUGUUUCCUGAUUGUACAAAUACCAUUUGAUUGUAGAUAUCUGCGCGUAGUUAUGUGUAAGCCUCAAUUGUAAAUUUGUUCUUAGUCUUUUUAUGUACUAGCCUAGUCAGCAGGCGGCAGAUUUUAAUCAUACUUCAAGUGAUAUUCGCUCUAACCUCUCUGCUCUAUCGACAACUUUCUCUGCCAUGCGUUCGUUGCUUCGUUUGUUUUUGGUUGGUCAUUCCCCCAAAAGCCCAGGAAUUGCCUGCUAAAAUCAAUCGAGGUGUUUUAUGGGCUUGAACGCAUGCCGGAGAAAGUUAUUUUCCCCUCAUUUUAAGCAAAGGAAUCCCCUGGCUCUGAUACAAAUUUGUCAUAGCUAAAACCUGUCCUAAUCGAAAUG